AUGGUGGUCGCCGGAGCUGGAAACGUCGGGCAUGUGGUGAGCCAAUAUACUGUUAUCGGGGUUCUGCUGGAGAAUCUGUUUGACAAGAAGACGGAUCCUUUGCACCUCCUUCCAUCAGCAGAUCUCAUCAUUAACAAUUCAGAUUCUCAGGAAGCUCAUGCACUUCAGAAGCGGUGGUUGCCCAACUUGCAUCUGGAGCCCAUGCCAUACCGCUUUAUUAAUUUGUUCUUGAUUACUAUUUUAGGCGGUCACACUGUUGGAAUCACUCAUUGUUCGACCAUUAGUGAUCGUUUCUACAAUUACCAGAACACCGGCGGACCUGAUCCAGAAAUGGAUCCUGCUCCUGUUUCCAUUCUGAGAUCAACGUGUCCUCAGAAUGCAGCAGUGGACAAUGCAGUCGCCGUGGACCAGAUGAGUCCGCUUGUUGUGGACAAUUCUUUCUACAAGCAGUUGCUGAUGAGGAGAGGGAUUCUUCCGAUCGACCAAGCACUAGCUCUGGAUUCUUCGACGAAAUUCACAGUUAUUUCCCUAGCCAACGGCGUCAAAUUUCCUGCAGGGUUGGGGAAGCCAUGGUCAAGCUGGGGGCUGUAG